AUCAGACUGAGUGCUCAACCAAUAAGAGUGAUUAGCAGACUCGGAGAGACAAUCACAGCGACUCUAACAUCUUGACGACCAAUCAGACAACUGAGGAGGGUAUAGAAGGACUAUAACUGCCUGAUUACCCAGUCACCCUGUCCCCUCUACACCCCCUUUAGCUCCCUCUAGCCCCCCAUCAACUCCCAGGCUCUGCCAGUAAGCUCCCUCUAACAGCCCCCAAAACACUUCUUCCACCAUGACAAAUAACAGCAGCUCCUCUGGCGUCUGGGAGAACUCUGAUUGGUCAGAGUCAGCCCAGUGUCCGCCCUCGGUGAGUGGAGCCACCUUCCUCAUCGUGGCCUACAGCACGGUGAUCGCAGUAGGGUUGCUAGGCAAUGUGGGCCUGGUUUUCAUCAUCGGGCGGCAGAAGGAACUGCAUAAUGUCACCAACAUUCUAAUCGCCAACCUGUCCUGCUCCGACAUCUUGAUGUGUGUGGUGUGUCUACCCGUCACCGUCAUCUAUACUCUGAUGGACCGCUGGGUACUGGGGGAGGCACUCUGCAAGGUCACUCCGUUUGUACAGUGUGUGUCAGUGACGGUGUCUAUUUUCUCCCUGGUGUUGAUUGCGUUGGAGCGCCAUCAGUUGAUCCUGCACCCUACUGGCUGGUCUAGACAAAUGCUUGGUUUACUCACUUACUACAGACAGUACAUCAAAGAUUUUCUAGGAGGGCCAGCUGCCUAUUUCUCCCCUUUUUCAGACCAUGUGAUCUGUUUGGAGAAAUGGCCGACUGAAAGACACCGUCUGGCCUACACCACCUCCCUGCUGCUGUUCCAGUACUGCCUCCCUCUACUACUAGUGCUGCUCUGCUACCUCCGCAUAUUCCUACGCCUACGUCGACGCAGGGACGUGGUGGAGCGGAGCCGGAAGGCCCGAGGAGCCCAGAGGAUCAAUGCUAUGUUGGCGGCCAUCGUUGCCGCCUUCGCCCUCUGCUGGCUGCCUCUCAACGUGUUCAACACGAUAUUCGACUGGGACCACCAGGCGCUGCCCGCCUGCCAGCAUGAUGCUGUGUUCUCCGCCUGCCACCUCACCGCCAUGGCCUCCACCUGUGUCAAUCCUGUGGUGUACGGUUUCCUGAACAGUAACUUCCAGAGGGAGUUGAAGGCCCAGCUGCAGCGCUGCCACUGUGGUUUGGGGGCGCCAGAGAGCUACGAGAAUUUCCCACUCUCUACCGUUGGCAGCGAGGGGAUCACCAAGAUGUCGAUGCUGAACCGGGCAGGGUCAAUGAGCAUCGCGCCGCCGCCACGGGCUGAGCCAAGUGUUAGCAUAUGCAGCUAACGGCUAGCCGACAGAGCUAGUGGCUAAUGCUAAUGGCUAAGAGCUAAUGGACAUUGUGUAGUGUGUACAGCUGUCAGACAGGAUGUAAACAACAAGGGUAAAGUUCAUAUCAAGCAAGCAGCUAACAGACAGAACACCCCAAUGGACAGAACUAAUAGAGAGCCGCUAACGCUAAUAGAGAGAGAGAAAGUGGAACUAAGCAGCUGGACUGACAGUCAAAGACAGAGCUGGUUGGCCCCAGUCUCCAUAGAGAUCGGUCCAUUUCUGAAUUCCUACAAAGCAUCGCAGGCCCCGCAGAGUAUACAGAAUGCACUUCGCUAAAAGCAAACAAACAGAUCCAUACAGCUAAUCGACAGAGCAGCUCAUGGACAGAUUGCACACAUGCAGCUACGCUCGGUAGCAAACCUCUGGAGAGACUGCGGCAGAGAGCCUGACAGAACCAGGGACGCGUGGGCUCUGUUUUAAUGGUGAUGAUGUAUUUCUGAGCUAAUUCAGCUUGUCCCCAGAAAAACUGUCUUCACCAGAGAUUGACAUCAUCCUGGGGUGUUAAGCUGUUGUCAAGCCAGUCAGAAAGAUGGACAGACUGUCAGUCAGUCAGACAGUCCAUUCUGAACUCAGGGCUGCCUUGAGCUCUAAUCCAAAUCAAAUUUGAUUAACCACAUACACAUAUUUUUCAGAUGUUAUCACAGUUGCAGCGAAAUGAUUAUAUUUGGUACUCCAUCAGUGCAGUAAUACCUAACAAUGCAAAACUAAAUACACAAAUCCCUUAAAAUAAAUAAAGAGAGAAAGGUAGAAAUAUCAGAGCCAUGGUCAAAGUUCGGAA